AUGACUCCACCUACAAAUGUUUCGGAAGUCCGUAGAUUCCUGGGAAUGGUUAAUCAGCUGGCCAAAUUUCUUCAAAAUUUGGCAGACAAAACAAAACCUCUCAGAGACUUGCUUGUCAAAGACAGUGAUUGGAUAUGGGGUGAGCCACAGCAAUCUGCUUUUGUCAAAAUUAAAAAUGACAUCAGUUCAGCUCCAGUUCUCGUACAUUACAAUCCAAAUGCUAAAACAGUUAUUUCUUCUGAUGCAUCAUCAUAUGGACUUGGGGGAGUUCUUCUUCAGAAACAAUCUGACGGCAAUUUAAAACCAGUAGCUUAUGCUUCACGGACUCUGAGUGAAACCGAACAAAGAUAUGCUCAAAUUGAAAAGGAAGCACUUGCUAUUACUUGGUCCUGUGAGAGAUUCCGUGAUUUCAUACUUGGACUGGAAUUCCAUAUUGAAACAGAUCACAAGCCAUUGAUUUCACUGCUUGGUUCGAAAAACCUUGAACAGUUACUUCCCAGAAUCCAGCGAUUUCGCAUGAGACUUAUGUCCUAUAAGUACACAAUUUCGCAUGUUCCAGGGAAACGUCUUUCCUCUGCGGAUGCACUUUCUAGAGCUCCAGUAAACUCUCAACCAACCAAAAGUGACAAAGAUCUUCUUGAAGACACAAACAUCUAUAUUGCUUCUGUACUUGCAAGCUUACCUGCAACAGAAAAGCGUCUGGAUGAAAUCCGAUUCAAUUUACAAAUUGAUCCGGUGUGCUUGCAUCUUGUGUCAUUUUGUUGUGAUGGCUGGCCAGAAUAUGACAGAGUUCCCAAUUGUAUUAGAGCAUAUUGGCCGCAUCGGGAUGAAUUGACUGUUAUUGAUGGACUACUUUUAAAAGGGUCACAACUCGUAAUUCCUUCAGCUAUGCAGCUAGACAUUCUUGAAGCUUUACAUGCAGCUCACCAGGGAAUUAAUAAGUGUCGUGCACAACAACACCACUUCAGAAUGGAUACUCUCCAUCACAGCUACUUAUGGGGAGACAACUCCGGAGUAACUUACCAGUUCAUCCUUCUGUGCUUACACCAAAUCUACCAGAUCCAGCAGUACUCCACAAUGCUGAGACGACCCAAAGGAUUACACAAAAACAAAACUUUGAUUUGCGUCAUCGUUCACACAACCUACCUGUUCUUCGAGGAGGAGAAAGUGUGCUUAUCUGAUGUGUCUCCAAAUACUAACAGUCUGGCAGAUGGACAGAAACCUCACGAGAAUACUAAUGAUGUUGGUCAUCCUAAUGGUGUUAAAACUAGAUAUGGCAGAAUGUCGGUCCAACCUAAAAGACUGGACUUGUAG